CAGACUUCUUAGGGUGAGUCUGUGCGUCUGUCCGGUAGUCUCUGAGUGCAUCUGCAGUGCACUCUUCCAACGCUUCUCCCGUUUUUCCAGGAUGAUUGGUUCUCUUUCUCCUCACCUCCCCUCAGUCCCUUCCUACUUCCCUCCCUCCUUGUAGGGAGGCUCUUGGCCAAGCUCCCUGAGCCCAGCGGGUGCAGGCAAAGGAGGCAAGAAGGGUGAGGUCACAUCUCCCUGGAGCCCGCGGCGCCGCUGGCUUUUCAGAACCUCGCCAUGAGCGCGCAGCCACAGCCACAGCCCGAGCGGACAGUGAGCUCCUCAGCCCUCCGUGCACCAUCGACUUCGCCCAUGUCUCAGUACGCCCCCGGCUCGGACCUCAAGGGGGUUUUGGACAGCAGCAGUCCGGAGGCCAACACUGAAGAUGAUAAGACCGAAGAGGACAUACCCAUGCUGAAGAACUACCUGUGGCUCACAAUCUUCUCCUGUUUUUGCCCCGCGUACCCCAUCAACAUCGUGGGUUUGGUCUUCUCCAUCAUGUCUCAGAACAGCUACAACGAAGGCGACUACGAAGGAGCCCGGCGGCUGGGGCGGAAUGCCAAGUGGGUGGCCACUGCCUCCAUCAUCAUCGGCCUUGUCAUCAUCACCAUCUCUUGUGUGGUGCACUUCACGAGGAAAAGGUCAGAAGAGUUUCUCUUCGGUGUCUCAGAUAAAUUGAGGGGGAGAAAAGUCAGACUUCAGCUGCCAGCAACAAUGGAAAUUUUUUUACUGUGAAAAAGAUAUAAGCUUAGUGGAUCACUAAUGAAGAAAUCAGAAUAAAUAUGAAGAACGUGAAUAAACAUGUUCAGCCUCACUGGGAAGCACGGAAACACAAAUCAGAGCUACAGUGAAAUACUAUAUUAUUUUGUCUGCCAGGCUGAAAUAAUUCAAGAGAUGAAUAAUAUCAAGGUUGGCAAGGUGUGGAAAACUCGGACCCUGUUCUACUGGUGGAGAAGUAAAUCGGGACAGCGUUUUGGGAAGCCAAUUUGGAUGGACAAUCGGCCUUCUGUAUCUGUAGGUUCUAUACCCCUGGCUUCAAUCAACCUCAGGUGGAAAAAUACUUGGCAAAGCAAACUGCAUCUGUGUUGAACACGUACCAUUCUCGUCAUUAUUCUCUAACCAGCACAGUGUAACAACUAUUCACACAGCAUUUACAUUGUGCAGGUAUUACAAGGAAUCCUGAGGUGAUGUGAAGCGAUACAGGCGGAUGUGUGUCAGAUGCCAAUACCAGGCUGUUUUACAGAAAAGACUUGAUCUUCUGUGGAUUUGGUAUCCAUGGAGGGACCUUGAGCCAAUUCCUUGGUUGCCAAGGGCUGGUCACAUUCAUUAAAUUUUAAAAUCCAGGAGCCUGCCCCCCAAACUCUCAGUUCCAAUUCUCAUAACCCGCCCUAGAUAGAGGGAUACAGAAAUGCAUGUGCAACUCUUAUUCUCCACCCUAGCUACGCAUGAGCGUCACCUGGAGAGGUUUAAACAAAAAAAUCAAUGCCCAGGGUUCACCCCAGCCUAAUUAAAUUAGAAUCUCCAGUGAUGGGCCAGGCAUGUGAGGUCUUAGGUCUCAAAGCCACAGAUAAGCAAGGAUACUUGCGGCAGCUUUCUUCGAAAUAGGUGAAAAUCUACAUGUCCAUGAGUGGGCAGAGUAAACAAGCAGUGGCUUAUUCAUAAGAUAAGAUAACAUCCUGCAGCUUCAUCGUGAAAUGUCUUUCUGACUAUGACGUUAAAAGGCCUUGCAUGAUCUCGUUGCUGCCUCUCUGUUCUCAUCUCCCAGCACUCUCCUCAUCCUCCACUCCAGCUACAUCGGAUGCUCCUGUAGUACGUUGUUGCCUCAGGGCUUUUGCACAUGCCAUUCCCUCUGCCUGUGACAGUCUUCAUCCUGACAGCCACACAGAUUAUUUCCAUCUCUCCCUUAAGUGCUUGUUCAUAUAUUUACCGUAGCAAAGAAGCUUUUACUCGAUGUUCCUUAUCAUCCUAGCACUUAUCACUCCCUGAAAAAUUAUAUAUUUAUGAUCUGCUUCCCUCUACCAGGAUGAAAACUCCAGGCACGUUUUCACUCCUGUCACUGCCCAUAAUAAUAGAGCGUAGCAUCGAAGGGUACCUACUUUGAAGUUGGACUUCUGGAGUUUCAAUCCAGGUUCUACAUCUAAGUAACUGUGUGUCCUUGGGCAUGUCUUUUAACUGAUAUUUGCCUCAGUUUACUCUUACAUAAAAUGGGUAUAUAAACAGUGCCUACUUUCUAGAGUUAGGAGAGUCAAACUGCAUAAAGCAUAAUGACCAGAUUAAAUUGCAAAAAGCAUACGGACAUAUUGUACUUUCUGUGUAACUGUUGGGAUUACCGUCAUCAGUACCGACAGCAGUGUCCAGCUGGUCAAUAUUUAUUAAAUAAGUGGAUGAAUAGAAAGAAGAAAAAGGAAAUUGCAGAAUAAUAUACAAUUGCCCCCCCCAUCCACAAGUCCUGUAUUUGCAGGUUCAGCUAACUACAGAAGUAAAAAAAAAAAUUGCUUGGACCUGUACUGAGCAUAUACAGACUUUUUUCCCAUAAUUAUUCCAUGAACAAUAUAAUGUAACAGCUACUUCCGUGGAGUUUACAUUGUAUUGGGUAUUAUUAUACAAAGAUGACUGCACGUAUACAGGAGGGUGUGCAUGGGUUGUAUAUAAAUGCCUUUAUCGUUUCAUAAAAGGGACUUCCACAGCCUUUGAUUUUAGUGUUCUUAGGGGAUCUUAGAACUAAUCCUUGUCAAUGCCAAAGGAUGACUGUAUGCAGCAUGGUCUAAUGCAGUAACCACACAGGAUGAGCAUAUAAUUUCUCAGCGCAGAGGGAAAUGCCCGGAGGAUGCACACCACACUUCUAGUAGCACCUCUCACUACUGGGGAAGAGAAUAAGAUUGAGAAGUGCUCGGAACAUCUUUCUGCAUUGGUAUUAUUUGGUGUUUUGCAUGUAAAAUAAAAUAUAUUUU